AAGACAGGCAUGAAGUACAAAUGGUUGUAAAUUAUGCCAAGAACCAUUCUGUCAGAAACAAGAAGAUUCAAACUUGCUGAUUGGCUUUAGUCCUUUGAUAGACAUUCAAACUGGUGAAGAAAGAACCAGUUUUACAUUAUUGCAGCCAACAGCCAACUAGCAGACACCACUUAAAUACAGACAGCAAUAGGGGGAGAACAUUAAGAUUAUGGAGUCUAACAAUUUUGACUCACCGGAAAAGACAAACAGUAUUGAUGAAAAGGAGGAAGAAGUUAAAGAUACACAAAUCUUGAUAGACGUGUAUGAAAAAGAGGAAGAAGUUGAAGAUACACAAAUCUUGAAAGAGACGCCGACAGCGUCUGUGGGCCAGACGGCCAACGAAAACGGCGACGCCAGCGAAGCGGGAAGCGCCAUGCCAGUCCCCGCUGGAUGCCUGAGCGAGUGUUCCGCCGCGGCCCUCGCAUCCUCGGCCUCGCUUGUCCCACCGCCCCCGAUAAACACGCAGCAGCCCGGCGUGGUCACGUCGCUGCUGUACAGCGGUUCCAGGUUCAGAGGACACCAGAAGAGCAAAGGAAAUUCCUAUGACGUGGAAGUCGUGCUACAGCAUGUGACCAUGGAGGAUUCAUACUUGUGUGGCUACCUGAAGAUUAAGGGACUGACUGAGGAAUAUCCAACUUUGACCACGUUUUUCGCUGGAGAGAUCAUCAGUCAGAAGCGGCCUUUCCUUACCCGGAAGUGGGAUGCAGAUGAAGAUGUGGAUUGCAAGCACUGGGGUACCACUGACCCCAACUCUGCUGCCCCUCCCCCUGCAGGAGCAGUUCCUGGUCCCCGAUCACACAAUCAAAGACAUCAGCGGAGCGUCGUUUGCUGGAUUCUACUACAUCUGCUUCCAGAAAUCUACAGCCACCAUCGAGGGCUACUACUACCACAGGAGCUCCGAAUGGUAAGACCACCUCAUGACACUGGUGUGGUGAAGCCUGGGAAAGAGCUCGCUGGUUCAAAUUUCAAAUAAUCACAGAGGUGGUUAAAAGCUGAAAGUGUCUUCAUGAUUAGAUUAUUAUUUUAAUUUUAAGAAAUAAUUGGGUUUUUUUUUCUUAAUCCUAUAUGCUCUAACUCACUUUUUGUUGUUUCUUUACAGGUACCAGUCUCUAAACCUCACCCACGUUCCUGAGCACAGUGCGUCCAUCUACGAGUUCCGGUGACCCCGGUCGACCUCCUGGAUUUCUCUUUUUUUCCCAUUUCUGUUCCUCUUUUUUCUUUUCUCUUUUUUGGACAAAUACUUCUUUGAGGCAGAGUUUCUGCAGAGGUUACUGAGGAUGAAGAGAGAGAAAAACUGAGGAGGAUAUGUUGAAACCAACAGCUGAUAAAGGAGUGAAGAGGACUGGACACAUGAAUGUAUGGAUGAAGAAAGGUCAGUUCUGCUCCCUGGCUGGAGCCUGUAAACCAGCAGCAGCAGCAGAGACUGGGACUAGGUCUGGGUCUGGGUCCAACCUCCAAUCCACUUCUCAAUGUGUUUUUCCCAUCUGGUUAAAAAGAAAAAAAAAAGCUCAGAAAGUCAUCUGGAUGACACUUUAAACCAUCAGCCUAAUGAUUUGUGCAACCAGCUUUCAUCCAGCCCACGUGGAAUGGGACACAUUUCUUUUAACUGGACAACGAUUCCUAUGAGGAGUCUGCGUUGCAGAGUGGAGUUUUUCUGGAUUACAGAUUACCCCUGGAGUUUUAAUCUGCUUCCUUGAUCACAUCUAACAGUAUUGUUUUUUUUAAAGCUAAGCUGACUCUUUUUUGCCUGCCAACAGGAUGAUGAUUAUGAUGAUGAUGAUGAUGAUGAUGGACACAGAGUGACAUCAUUUAUUUUUAUUUUGAAAGUCUGGAUUGUUGAGUGACACAGAAAUAAGCUUUCUUCUGUCUUUAUAAGUAAAACGUUUGGAAAGUUCUCAUUAUUACACCAGAGUGCUGUGGAUUCUGAACUGUGUAAUGUUUUUGCACAAAAUAAUGCUUGCAAGUCAGGAUUUUACACACACACACACACGAGUUCAGGGGUGAAAAUGAAACUUUGACAUGUUUUUAAGGAUGUGGAGCCAAAAAAAAGAAAAAAAGAAAGAAAAGUAUUUUCUAAUGCAAUACACCCAGAGCUUUCCCCUUCCAGCGUGUACUUUAUAAAUUAUUACCCCCACCCCUUCCACAACUCCUCAACUAUGCAACACUAUGGACAUGGCACGCUUCCACCAUAAUAAAACCUUCAGUUUUCACAGAGAAAGAAAAGUUUAAUUCUAUCCUUAUAAAUAAGAGAAUAUAUGUUAAAACAGAGAGAGGAAUGAACCUAUGCUAUGUUGACUGAUGACAAAGGUAUUUUUGUGAAAAGCUCACGACUCUCCGGCCCCCACCCUCCAUUUCCCUGUGAUGGUGCCAUCUUUUUAAACAUCAGAGUUGUGUAUUAAGCAGAUCACGUGUGUUUGUUUUGAGAAUAAGACCCCAGGUUUGGUCAAAUGAGUGACUGUAAAGAAAUUGAUUUAAAAGAAAAUUACACAGAAAAAAAACUGGUCCUGUG